GUCCCUCUGGAUGACGCGCUGACUUGUCACCGCUCAGGCUCUGCGUAGAUCCACGGGCGGUCUCGGCGCCGAAGUGUGCGAAUUGAUGCAACACGUUCGUCCGAAGAGCGCUCUGGAGGGAACGGAGACUCAGGGUGUAUAAAAGACUGGGCGUACUGAGAAUCGCAUUCCAGCCCCCAACAACAGACCAAUGUCUCUCGCUAAAGUCUGGUUAAUCACUGGCUCCUCGACAGGCUUCGGCAGAGCCAUGACGGAGCAUGUCCUGGCAAGCGGGGACAUCGCUGUCGCGACACUUCGCUCUCCUGAGGUGCUUGCUGAGCUCGCGUCAAAGUACAGCAAGGACAGACUUCUCGUCCUGAAGCUCGAUGUCUCAAAGUCCCAGGAAAUCAAGGACGCCUUCGCCGCAGCGGUCGAAAAGUUCGGCCGUAUCGACGUUGUCUACAACAAUGCAGCAAUCCCCAUAUUCGGCGAAGCCGAGGCCGUCCCUGAGGACACCGCGCGUGCGAUGUUCGACGUGAAUCUGUGGGGCGCCAUCAACGUUAGCAAGGAGGCCGUCCGCGUCAUGCGUGAGGUGAACAAGCCUGCUGGAGGUCAUCUGCUCCAAGUCUCAUCCAUUGCUGGCUUCACCGCCAUUCCUGGCAUGUCGUAUUACUGUGCUUCGAAGAGCGGUUUGAUCGCGUUCAGCGAAGCUCUGUCGAGGGAAGUUGAUCCCGCCUGGAACAUCAGGGUUACCAUCGUCGAGCCUGGAGCGUUCCGCACGGCGGGGCCUACCGCGUUGGUGCGAGUUGCGUCUCUGCCCGCCUACGAGACAGUCAUGGCCGCGCCACGCAAGUCGAUCGAGGUCGACGUUUUGUCCGUGAUGCAGGAUCCCGCCAAGGGUGUCGAGAUCCUGUACAAGAUUGCGGCACUGCCUGACCCGCCUCUCUUCCUCCCUCUCGGGAAGGAUGCGAUUGCCCUGGCAAAGGCUAAAUACGCGCAGAUGGUGGAGAGUACGGCUGCCGUUACUUCAUGGUCUGACGAGCUGCAAGUGAUGGCUAGUGACGAAUGAACGAUGCCUGCCGAUGUAUGUACAGAUUACAAGCUUGAACACCGGCUGUCUCUCCCUGCUAUUUUUUCCUCUGAAUUAUGAUUUGUCUUUGAGCCUUCUCACAUCGUGACGCACCCGUAGUAUUUCACUGCUCAUCUCAAAGUCGCCGACUUAUAUUCACGCUAUUUCGCAUUCUUGCGAUCAAC